AUGUAUCGUCUAGAUCCCGAAUUCUUCGAUUUGGGCAACUUUGCUUCCGCGGAGCCUCAUGAUACCCCUGAGCUGAUUUACAAGGGUGUACCCACCGACCAGACCCAUCAGCAGCACCGUAGCAAGCUCGAUGUUCCCCAUUCGCAGUUUGCCGGCACAGGUGAUUUCGGCUAUGACCGCAAUAUGGAUACUAUUUCUUUGACUUCAAAAGAGGAGAAUAGUUCUGAAUUGGAGCUGUCUGGUGGAACCUUGGGGGUGGAUGUCGAUAUGUCUGAUUACUUGCCCGAGGAUCAGGCAAAUUUGGGUAAUGCUUUAAACAUAAUUGCAUAG